AGGCUCAAGCCCUUUUAAUUCUUUAAUCGAACCCGGCUGUGCGAGCAAAGCUCUCAUUUUUGGCCAAUACGUUCAACAUCAUGGCAUCUACCUCCAAGACUACCAUUGCUGCCGCCACAGGUGCAGCCGCACUCUUGAGCGGAGCAAGCUUCGUGUCAGCACCCAGCACCAGCACUAGCCACCUUCGAGCCACUGCCUCGUCUGCUGCAGCUACACCAAGCGUGCAGGCCCCAAGCCAAACGGCCUCCCUUGCAGUGGCUGGUGUCGCAGUGGCUGCCUUGACGGCCAGUGGUCGCAAGGCACUCAACAUCAAGCCUCAAUUGGUGGCCCUGAGCGCUUUCGAGAAUGAGCUGGGGGUGCAAGCACCAGUUGGGUUCCUUGCUUUGCAAGCAAGUGAAUGCAGUAUCCUUUACAGUCUUGGAGCACAUAUGUUGUGAGAUUCAUUGUGAUAGCAUGAAGUAUCGUUGCAUUUGACUGGCUACCGGCUACCUGACCAAGGAUCACUGGAAAGUUGCCAGGUUAUCUUUCGCCAUCUGCCGGCUUGAAGUUCGCCGACGUGCCCAACGGACUUGCAGCGAUUUCCAAGGUGCCUGCAGCAGGUUGGGGACAGAUCUUGGCCUACAUGGCAUUCUGCGAGGUGUCCCAGGAUCAGUCUCCUGGCACACCUGCUGCUGCGGGAGACUUUGGCUUCAAGGUCUUGACUUCAUCUGACCCUGAAGAGAAAACGAAAAAGCUCUCAGCGGAGCUGGCAAACGGACGACUUGCGAUGAUGGCGAUCAUUGGCAUGUUUUUCCAGGAUGGCCUGACCGGCAGCGCCUGGGGAGACUGGGCCAACUACACUGCAUCUCCUUUGCGCUGAGGACGUGACUUGGAGGCCGUCGUGAUGCUUUGGAGGAAAAAAGGCCGUGACGCGUCGAAUCGAGGCUGCGGUG